AUGGCUGGUUGGUGGUCGGACGGAGAUGUUCUGGACAGCCAAGACUCCAUCGUUAGCAAAGUUUUUCACGCCGUUGGAUUCCUGGGAGACAUUCUUCAGCUCAACGAACAACGCAAAGAUGAAAACAAAGAGUAUGAGGCCGAUCUGGCGGAAGAAAUCAAUGACUUUUGCAAGAAAACCGUGAACGAAGGAAACACUGUUACAAACUGUCAAAAAGACGUGUCAAAACUUGGGUGCAAGACGGUGGGACCCGAGGGCGGCGAGAAGCAGAGAUCGUCGAGGACUUUGUCAAAAUACAAAACUUUGUCGUAUCGAAAAAUCCAGAGGGGAAACACAAGACAGAAGAUCGAGGGGUUUGAAGCUCUGAAGAACGCAGAUGAACAGUUCUGA